UAUAGUCAGUUGGACGUACGGUUACUUCACAGUCUGGCGGGACGGCCACAGAAUGCAAAUAAUUCACUUCCCCUAUGACAGGAUUUGGCACGUAGCCAGGUUUGGCUAUUCCGGCUCCGGACUCAGCAUAUCGAUCGGCCCCGCCGCGAUUAGAAUUGCGCCAUCGACUUCUUCCCGUGAUCCACCGAUAAUCAUGCCACGCAUUUCCGUUCUCUGGCUAGUACCAUCUACUAGAUAACAAUUUCUCGGGUCUUGGUAUAAUAGGUACCUUCUGUAACUCCCGCCGGCUUAUCAGAAUUCUCAGCGCCUAUCUCCGCCUAUCCGGAUCUCCCCACCCCGCAUACGACCCGAUCCGAAAUUCUUGACGCAGAUAUGGGCUCGACUUCACCCACGCCCCCGCGCUUCGACGUCAAUAAGAUCGCGAUCGUGGGCGCGGGGCCUAGCGGUCUUGCCGUUGCUAAGUAUCUGCUGGCGCAAAAUGCGUUCGCGCAAGUCGUCGUCUUCGAGCAGCAGGCUGAGGUCGGUGGUGUUUGGAAUUAUAGCGCCACGGCGAGACCUAUCGCGCAGUUGCCUGUGCCGCAGGUUGUUGCGUUUCCGGGAUGGUUAGAGGAGCCGGUUUAUGCUGGAGGUGAAGGGGGAAAUGGGGAUGAGAAGGGGAAGCCGUUGUUCCCGACGCCGAUGUACGAUGAUUUGAAUACGAAUAUCCCGCAUACAAUCAUGAAGUACUCGGACUUCAGCUUUAGAGAUGGAUGUGAGAUCUUUCCUCGGAGAGAGGAUGUGCAGGCGUAUCUUGUGCAGUAUGCAAAAGAUGUGAGACAUCACAUCAAGUUCUCCACACAAGUCUCGGAUAUUUCACUACGCGAGAAAAACACGCAGAAGCCCUGGGAGGAGCGCGACCAGUGGGAUGUCAGUACUACGGAUUUGGUUACGGGGGAGAAGAGGAAAGACGUCUAUGAUGCUAUAGUGGUCGCUUCGGGGCAUUAUUCUACGCCGUAUAUCCCGGAUGGAGUGGCUGAUAUCAAGGCUUUUCAUGAAGCACAUCCAGGUGUUAUUUCACAUUCGAAAAUGUAUAGGAAUGCGGAGAGUUACAGAGGGAAGAAAGUUGUGGUUGUGGGGACGGGGGCUUCGGGUUUGGAUAUUGCGGCGCAGAUACGUCGGGUUUCGCAGACGCCGCUGAUUGUCUCUGCGCGUGAAGGCGCGACGGAGGAGACGCUAGAGCAUUUUGGAGGUGGGAAGUUUGUGCAGGUUGGGCAGAUCAAGAGGUUUUUGGUUGAGGAAAGGGGUGUGGAGUUUUAUUCCUUAGAUGAUGAAGAUGAAGAAGGCAAUACUGUUAAAGUAGAGGGAAAGGAGAAGCCUACAAUCAUUGAAAAAGACAUCGACGCAGUCCUCUUCUGCACAGGUUACCUCUUCACCUUCCCCUUCCUAACUACCCUCACCGACCCCCCUCUCGUCACAGACGGACGCCGCGUCCACGGCCUCGCAAAACACUUCCUGCAUAUUAACCACCCGACACUCACCUUCCCAAGCCUGCCUAUUAAGGUCAUCCCCUUCCCGCUCGCCGAAGCGCAGGGUGCAGUCUUCGCACGCCUAUGGUCAAAUACGCUACCCUUACCCUCGCGCUCCGCCCUCGAAGCCAUGGAGCGCGAAGACGGCGACCAGAAGGAUCCAGGGAAGUAUCAUGUUUUCCCGAAGGGCGGAGACGGACAGUAUAUCAACGAGCUGCAUGACUGGGUGAUGCGGGACGGGGGAGGUAAGGAAGGGGGCAAGGAGCCGCCGUAUUGGGAUGGUGAACUGCUUUGGCAGAGGGGUAUUUAUAUCGAGGCGAAGAUGCAGUUUGAGAAGACGGGGAAGAGUGCUACGACUUUGGAGGAAUUGGGGUUCCGGUAUGAGCCGCAGGAGCCGAAGACGGUGGAGGAUGUGAAGGGGACGGGGGAUGUUGCUGGGUGAGGUUGUAUGGGGGGGUUGAAG